GCAAGUUAGAUGAAAGUGUCUGGGCCAAGUGACCCAACACCCUUUGCAGGAGAAGCCGCUGGCAGGGCAGAGGGAGCCACCAGCCUGGCCACCACCUGCUGAGGCCUCCCUGCCAGCAUGAAGUCCAAGGCCCCCCUCUCCAUACUGCUGCUGCUUCCUGUGCUGCUGGGGAUGCUGCAGGGAGAGUGCCAUCAGCCUCUGCGGAGAUCCAAGAGGAGAUGGGUUAUCACCACCUUGGAGCUGGAGGAGGAAGACCCAGGCCCCUUUCCCAAAUUUGUUGGCGAGCUGUUCAAUAACAUGUCUGAAAAUAUGACAUUAAUGUAUUUAAUCAGUGGGCCUGGCGUGGAUGAAUAUCCAGAGGUUGGUUUGUUUUCUAUAGAAGAUCACGAGACUGGGAAAAUAUACGUUCACCGCUCUGUGGACCGAGAGACAACGCCAUCUUUUAUGGUCUAUUUCAAUGUUGCCGAUCGCUCAACAGGGAAAAUUGUGGACAAAUCCUUGCUUUUCAACAUAAGAAUCAGGGAUAUAAAUGAUCAUGCACCCCGGUUUCCUCAGCAGGAGUUUAACAUCAGUGUGAAGGAGAACCAAGCUGCAGGUCAACCGUUUUUUCAGAUGUCAACAGUUGAUUUGGAUCAAAAAAAUACUCCAAAUUCUCAAGUGCUUUAUUUCCUGGUUUCUCAAACACCAUCACCGAAAGAAAGUGCUUUCCGGAUUGAUCGUCUUAGUGGAGAAAUACAGCUCUCGGGGUGUUUAGAUUAUGAGACUGCGCCUCGGUUUACACUGCUGAUCAGAGCCAGGGACUGUGGAGAGCCGUCCUUGUCAUCCACAGCCACAGUCCACAUUGAUGUGAGAGAAGGCAACAACCAUCUGCCUGUGUUGACCCAGGAGACUUAUAACAUUCAGAUCUCCGAAGGUCAAGUCAUCCAGGGCCUGCUGCGUCUCCCGGUUCAAGAUCGUGAUUCACCAUUGACGCCAGCCUGGAGAGUACAAUUCAACAUAGCACAUGGCAAUGAAGAGGGAAAUUUUGACAUUCAGACUGACCCUGAGGCCAAUGAAGGGGUUUUAAAUGUUAUCAAGCCUUUGGAUUAUGAAACUCACCCAGUGCGAAGCCUGGUCAUCACCGUGGAGAAUGAGGACCCACUCUUCUCCUGCGAGGGGGGCGAGCUCCGGCAGCCCAGGGUGGCUGUGGCAAGCGCUACCGUCAGUGUCCAGGUGAUGGACGCCAACGACCCGCCAGCCUUUCACCCUGAGAGCUUCGUGGUCAGCAAAGAGGAAGGGGCCAGGCCUGGAACCCAGCUGGGGACAUUUAAUGCUGUGGAUCCAGACAAACCAGCCAGCCGGAUAAGGUAUAAACUGGUUCAUGACCCAGCACAUUGGGUUGCCAUAGAUGAGAACUCGGGAGCUGUCACCACCACGAAGCCGAUUGACCGAGAGUCCCCUCACGUAAAUGACAGCUUUUACACAGUCAUCGUUCAUGCUGUCGACGAUGGCCUCCCACAGCAGACUGGCACAGGGACCCUAAUGCUCUUCCUGUCUGACAUCAAUGACAACGCCCCAGCUCUGAAGCCCCAUUCCCGCUACAUGGAGGUGUGUGACUCUGCAAGGAUCAGGUCCCUCCUUGUUGAGGCGGAGGAUCCGGACCUGGAGCCCUACUCUGCCCCGUUCACGUUUGAGUUGGUUGACACCUGGGGAAAUGCAGAGGACACGUGGAAACUGGGGACAAAUUGGGGUCGGUCAGUUGAACUUGCAAUGUUGAGAAGCCUCCCACAUGGGAACUACUCGGUGCCGCUCAUCAUCGGAGACAGACAGGGCAUCUCCCAGAAGCAGACGGUCCAUGUGAGGCUCUGCUCCUGCCUCGGCGGGGUCACCUGUGUGGAGCCCUUAGGUGCAGGAGCAGAGUCCCUCACAGGCGUCCUGCUUGCUGUCUGUGGAGCGUUCAUGGCUCUGGCAGUGGCCCUGCUGCUUCUGCUGCGAUGUUACUUCGCAUCUGAACCCGGGAGGCGCAGGUUCGCUAUCCCCAGUGACGAAGGCCACCAGACCCUGAUCUUGUAUAACGAGGAGAGCAAGGCCAGCCCAGCCCAGACAUGGUCAGACGUCACGGCUGGGAUGCCAGCUCUGCCGGUCCACACAGCCACAGUGGGAGCCAAGCUGGGUGCUAAGGAUCUCAAUGACGUGCCACCAUCAACAGUGGUUUCAUCAGACCAAGCACACUCGACUCUGGGUACUCCGGUCUGUCUGGAUGGCGUGGUUCCCAGGCGACUCCUGGCCACAGUAGAAGGAAGGAUAGCAGAGACACUGUGGCAGAAGCUCCGUGGAGUUGACGAGCUAGAGGAGGGCAGCAGCCACCGGCCCCAUGUCUACCUGGCAGAGGGAGCGAGUGAAGGGGCCCUGUCAUCGCUCAGCUCUCUGGUCUUCUCAGAACAGGAACUGCCUCCUGACCUGCUGGAUGGUUUGGGCCCCAAAUCCGCUCAGCUGGCAGGGCUGUACUCUGGGUGUUUGUCCCCUAGAAAUGCACAUUCUGGAGAAUUAAAGCCAUCCAUGUAGGGGAGUCACUAGCCACUAUUCAGGGCUUUUUCUCUGCCUUUGUUCUUUUUUAUAUGACCUCCUAGUCCUAGGAUAAGGAUGAACUGUUAGCCUGGUUUAAAAGCUUUGGUAGUCUUGAACUGAUCAUCUUGAAACAAAGCAACACAUAUUAUCCUUUGUUAAAAUUUGGGAGGAACUCACCUAAUGUGCAGGAUGUAAUGGCACAUUUCAAAACUAUUAAGAAAAGAGUAUAACUGUCUUACCACAACUAAUAAGUAAGUGAGGUGAUGGUUGUGUUAAUCAUCAGUUCAAUGUAAGCAUUCCACAUUGUAUAUCAAAUCAGUACACUGAACCCCAUAAAUGCAU